AUUUGAUACACGCGUCGUGAGUCUCAUAAUCUGGAGUGUGGACCAUCCCCUUACGUUAGGACCACCGUGUGCUUGUUUCCCUACAACACACAAGUCUCCAGGACCACAUUAUAUGAUGUUCUUGAGUUUGACCAACCAAGUCGCUUCUUGAAUCUUUGGUCAUCUCGUUUCAAAUCCAAUAACAAACUCUUCUCGGCGAUUUGUUUGCUCUGUAGUUCGAAAACGUUCCUUUUAAGAUGGUCUGGUGGAGAAAGAAAAAACAAGAAGUCAACGAGCGUCAGAGAAUGUUUAUGAAGAAUGGUUCGUUACUACUUGAAGAGCUGAUUGCGAUUAGUGAUGAUGCUACAUCAAAUCCUAUAAAACAUUUCUCAGCUGAUCAGAUCCUUGAAGCCACCAACAACUUCAGCCGCAGUAAUCUUGUCCGCAUCGAUAGAUUCCGUCAUUACAAAGGCAUGCUCGAUGACCGUCUCGUGCUUAUCAAGAAAUGGGCUUAUGGAGGAUCAAUUUUCUCUGAAAAGAUAUACCGCGACUUAGCGGUUUCAUCAAUGGUUAGUGGUCACAAAAACUUCCUGAAACUGUUAGGAUGCUGCCUAGAAUUUUCUUACCCGGUUCUAGUUUGUGAGUACGCAGAAGUAAUAACUCGUAGCUUAAGAGGAGCUAGAUGUCCUAUUGAUCCAUCACUAACAUGGAGUAUGAGAAUCGUUAUAGCAAAGGAGAUAGCAAACGCUUUAUCUUACCUUCACACAUCGUUUUCAAGAACUCUAAUCCAUAAAGAUAUACAGCCUUGUCAGAUUUUCUUGAAUGAGAAUGGAACAGCAAAGCUAGGUGAGUUUUGCAACUGUGUUUUCAUUCCUGAAGGCGAAACAUAUGUUCAAGAUGAUGUAGUGGAAGGGACAUAUGGGUUUCUUGACCCUAACUAUGCGUCAAAAGGUUUGGUUACUGAGAAGACUGAUGUGUAUAGCUUUGGAGCGUUUAUGUUUGUUCUUUUAACUGGAAGAAUACCGCAACCGAUGUUUUGGAAAAGAGGAGAUCAUUUGGUGGAAGAUCCAAAGCGUUUGUCUAGAUUGGUCAUGGAUGGGAGAUUUGAUAAGGUUGUAGAUAAGAAUAUGUUGGUUGUUGAGGGUAGAGACAUAGAGCAAGAGAGACUGCAAGUGGAAGCGUUUCUUGAGCUCUCGUUGAGAUGCAUUGGUCGUCUUGGGGAUGUUCCAAACAUGACUGAUGUGGCUAAAGAGCUUGAAAGGAUUGAGAGAUUGAAAAGUGUUCCUUGUUUAGUCAAAGAAACAGUUUAAACCUUUUUUUUAUUAAGCUCUUCGUCAUUUGGUGAAUCAGAUGAGAAGAUUUGUAUCCUAUAUACUGAUAAAAGGAUGUUCACUUUAGAUGAGACU